UAUUCUGCGUCUUAAUAUUUGUUAGAACUUCUUGAAGAACUCAAAUUUGCCUUCCAAGUUUGUUUACCUAGAGAUGUUGACAAAAGUUUGAGUCCCUCAAAAUAUUUAGACUAAAAAAGACAGCAAAAAAAUUGAAGAAAUUAAUUCAAUGUAUAGAAUGGCUCAAGUUUUAUUGAAAGAAUAUUUUCGCAUUGCUUUGAUCAUACUUCUCAUUGUGUGGACAGUUACGUCAUUGUCAAGAACCUGCUCGUACCGCCAGAUAGCUGUCCACUCUGUGUCCACUACGGGUAUCUUAAUGUUAAGCCCAAGCCAAUCCAACGUCUCCUUACAUCAAUGUGCAGCCCUGUGUGACCGUCACGAGAAUUGUUCCACUCUGGUGUACUUAAAGUCUAACAAGAGCUGCACGUUCUACGGCCUGGACUACCCACGGAGUCCGUUUCCAAAAAACACUACGCCUGCUUCGACAGGAAUAGCUUUCGCUUUGACAUCAGCAUGUAAAUAUACAUACAGCAAGUUUUUCAACAAAUGUUUUCUGCUACUCAACACACUGACCACUAAAGUUUCGCACAGCAAUAACUGUUCCAACUUAGGAGGGAAGUUAAUCCAGCUGAAUACUUUAACAGAGUUACAGUUCUUGAGAGAGUUAUUUUAUUUUUUAAACGGGAACGCCUCAGCGGCCUACUAUGUUGGAGCCGAGCUACAGACUCUCGGACAAAGGUAUUUUAUUUGGACAAACACCACAAGGAAUUUAACGGGCAGUCCCAUGUGGGGCGCCAGCCAGCCAGACGGGCUCCCAGGCCCCAACGAAAAUUGUGUUGAGACUACACAGCAGUUUGGCUACUUGUUGAACGACGUCUCUUGUAGCAUGAACAGAAGCUCCAUCUGUGAAUUCUCCGUCUAGAUCUAGAAUCUUUCAUCGAAAUGGCUGAGGUUUAUUUCGAAUUGACAAAUAUACAUACA